AUGGAUGUGGCCUUGGCACCCCGGGGCGACGAGGAGGGUAGCAGCGAAGAGCAGAAGUGCCCAGGCGUGUCCUUGGACAAUCUUUGGGUUCCUGGAGCGCUGGUUCUCGGUGUGGUGGUAGGGCUCCUACUGCCUGCCAACCAACCCGGCUGGGGUGCUCGGACUUCGGAAGUUUUGGGCUGGACCUACUUCUUCGCGUGGUCUGUGUCGUUUUAUCCACAGGUUUUCUUGAACAUUCGCAGACGAAGUGUGGUGGGCCUUUCGCUGGACUACCAGAUUCUGAAUGCUUUUGGCUUUGCUUGCUACUUUCUCUUCAAUGCGCUCCUGUUUUGGUCGCCGGGCAUUCGAACGGCCUACCGGCAGAGCCAUCAUGGGCAGGACAGUGCUGUCCGACUCAAUGAUGUGGUCUUUGCCGGCCACGCAUUUCUGAUCACACUCAUAACGCUGGCUCAGAUAGGCCAGCGAUCAUCAGCGAUGGUUAUCGCCAGGAUGAGCCAUUUCUUCCAAACUCGAUCCAAACCUAUGCUGCAGUUCCUAGCUGUCCUCCUGAGCCUGAGGCAAGUUGGAGCCUCUCCCACCCAAAGCCAGGCUCAGGUCGCCAGGCCACGUGCGGCUCCCAACCAAGCUGCGGCAGUACCCCUGCCAAUUCACCUGGGCGCCUCUGCUGGAAGUCCUGGCGUCUAUGUGCCCGUGCAGCUCGUGGGUGGCCUUCAGGGAACCCCGAGUUCCGCGGCCGGGAAUUUGUGGACAUGGGUCGUGGCAGCUACAGGAGCUGCCUGGCACGGAGCGAGACAGAGCCACGAGCCGCGGCAACCGCGGCCGGUGAGGCGCAGCCAAAACGUGGUGCCGAAUUUGAAUGUCGGCACACACGCAGAAGAGGAGGGCUGGCAGACAGCCAGCGAUGAUGAGGAGGAGACUUUGACUUGGCAGGCCCCGGCUCCUCAGGCCCACAUCCAGUCCAACCUCUUCCAGCAGCCCAGCAGUAGCUUCUCCAACAUGUUCCCUGACAGCAUCCCGGAAAUGAUGCAAUUCCAGCAGGCUUCACACAUGCCGCAGAUGCUGCAUAUGCCACCGGGGCCGCACAUGCCGCAGAUGAUGCCAAUGGUGAUGGUUCCGGUGCCCGUGCACGCUGGCGCCAGUGUGGAUGCCGUGCAGGAGACGGAGGCUCGAGAGGCUCGCGGACGGGGAGUUCCAGUUGCGUCAGGGCCUGGGCCGUCCGGCCCGUCAGGGCCAGGGCCAGUCUCACCUGGACGUUUGGAUCGCAACGUCUCCUCUGCACUGUCAGAAGCAUCCGACUGGGCCUCCGUCGAACAAGCCUCCUUAGCAUCUUCCUCCAGCUCAGUUCAGCGGCGCUGGACGAAUCGGGACUGUGACUGGGCGCUGCGCCAGCUGACUUCGAGUCCUAGCGGUCCGAGCCGUGAGCUUUUGCAGCAAAUCCUCCAGGAUGCGUGGACGUUGGCGGGCAGCAAGAGCGGCACACGUGUUGUCCAGGCAGCAAUGGAUGUGGCAGAGGCUCCUGACAAACAGCUCUUAACCAAUGUCUUCAAAGGCCGAGUCUGGUAUGCCUUGAAGUCGCCCCAUGCCAACCAUGUCUUGCAGAAAAUUAUUGCUCUAAUGCCGCCGGAGAAGAUGCAGUUUGUCUUUGAAGAACUAGCUGGACGCGUCGAUGAGGCUGCCAGGCACCCUUUCGGAUGCCGCGUCCUGGAGAGACUUCUCGAGCAUUGUGGCACGUCGCAGAGCGACGUCUUGCUCGACGAGCUGCUGCUACCUGGCGAUUGGUCCUACGAAUUUCAGAGACUACAUUCAGUCCUGGAGCAGCAGUUCGCGAGGCAGCAUGAGCUGCUGCGGGAGGUGCAUAAUCAGGUGAGGAUGGGUCAGCAUCGGAUCCCGCCGGUGCCUUCGCUGUCGAUGACGGCCCGCAAGACCAGCAUUCGCUCCUCGGUGAUCCAUGAGGACUCAACGUACCGCGAUCAGGAUCGCAUGUCCCAAGAAACCAGCCAUGAAUCCGUUAACGUUGGAUUUGCAGAACCUGUCCUUGUUGGCUACGGAGUCGGAGAGACCGCGCCGAGUCCGACUGAAGACGACGAGGAGGAGGGCAUCACUAGACAGAAUGAGAAUCACCCUUACGAGGAUAGGCCCAAGAGAGGAAGGGUGACAAGGCGCGACAGCGCCCGGCACUCCUUCGUGCGACGCACACUUGAGGCACACCAGAAGAAGGCCGACAAAGAGGCCUCGAAGCUGAAGUAUCUAAGGUCGAGAAGCACCUUGAACCUUCCACCGGAGCGUAGCUGGCUAACUCAGCAGAUUGAAAAGCUCGUAAGUUCAAAAGGAUUCAGCAACGCGAUCAUGAUGCUUAUCCUUUUGAACGUCAUCUUGCUCGGUGUUGAGGUCGAUGUUUCCACUCUGCUUGGCCAGAAUGACGUGCCGAAGUGGUUCGGGACAGUGAACACUGGGAUUGUCAUGCUAUUUGUCGGGGAGGUUGCCUUGAAGUGCAUUGCUGUAGGCUUCACGGAGUACUGGUGCGGCCACGAGGCUUGCUGGAAUGCCUUCGAUGCCUUGAUCAUCACGGUCUCCGUCUUUGAAACGAUAAUCGAUAUUUGGGCACAAUCAAUGUCUGCAGAUGUUGCUAACUCCAGUCACUUGCGUGUAGUCCGAACGAUUCUGGGGAUUCGCUUGGCUCGCGCCUUGCGAGGGGUGCGUGUGGUGCGGCUGUUUCGCUAUGUCAGCGCUUUGCGGACCCUGGCCCUUUGCAUAGUAAGCACAAUCGGAUCACUGAUCUGGACCUUGGUGCUUUUGGUCUUGCUGUUCUACACCUUCGGCGUCAUUUUAACACAACUUGUGUCGGAUCAUUGCAGGGAUCAAGUUGUGAUGACGACUGGAGAUGUGAACGCGGUGCCUCAGUGCCCGGAUGAUUUGCACAGGUAUUGGGCGAGCGUCCCCGAGAGCAUGCUGACGCUCUUCCUAGCCAUCUCUGGUGGAAUGAGCUGGGAAGAUGCUUUCGGUCCGCUCCGGACGGCUUCCGAGCUGGCUUGUGCCUUCAUGAUUCUUUACAUCGUCAUUGCUGUUUUCGCAGUAUUGAACGUCGUAACGGGUGUGUUCUGCACGACAGCGAUCGAGUCUGCGAACGCGGACAAGGACAUAGCAGCGAUCAAGCAGCUCCACAAGCAAACGACACAUGUUCAAGCUCUUCGAAAGAUAUUUCACGAGAUUGAUGCAGACCAAUGCCACGUAGUAAGCAUCGAGGACCUCAGGGAUGCUAUAUCGAAGAAGAAGCUUUCGAGCUUCCUGGAAUCCAUGGGUAUUUCCACAGAGGACCUCUGGACCCUCUUCAUGACCAUGGAUGAGGACCAGACGGGCCUUGUCGGCCUGGAGGAGUUUGUCACCGGGUGCAUGCAAGGUCGUGGUCCCGCCAAAAACCUCCAACUGGUGAAGAUGAGCUACGAAAACAAAGUCACACGCCAGGCCAUCAAGAAAAUCAGUGUUCAGCUUGCUGAACUUAGCAGAUACGUGGUAGGUCUUCGUGCCAGCGGGCUUCCCCAGCAAGACGUGCCUGACCUGAGCAGGCACCCGUUCGGCAACUACGUGAUUCAGCACGCGUUUGAACACGGCUCUUCAUCCGUGCGCAGGAAGCUCAGUGCGGCUCUGGUCCCAGAGGCAAAACGCCUGGCUCGGCACAAGGUAGCCAGCCAUGUGAUCGAGUGUGCCCUCGUGCACACCGGGCAGGAGGAUCGCCAGGUCCUGAAGGACGCCCUGGCGGAGAACUCAGAGGCGUUGCAGAGCCUUUCUGCCAGCAACUAUGGCAGCUUCGUGGUAAAAGAGAUGAAGAGGCAGCACAUGGCCCACUUGGGGCGUGGCUGCUUGGACCCCUUUUAUGGGCCCCCAAUCCCUGGUUUCUAUUACGACUAUCCUCCACUUGCGGGUGCUGACCGCAUGUUGCGAGUGGCAGUGCUGACAGCUUUGGGCCUUGUCGGUAUUUUUAUGGUGGGUGCCGCCCUCUAUAUCAGUGCCUACGAAGAGUGUUGUCUUAGCUGGCUGACUUUUCUCACCAUCAUCGCGGAGGUGAAGGUGAUCAUCUCAGUCGUGAAGUACUGCCCGCAAGUGUGGAUGAACUACAAGAGGAAGAGCACGGCCGGAUGGACGAUUUACAACGUCUUGCUUGAUUUGACCGGAGGCCUGCUGAGUGUAGCUCAGCUGCUUCUUGAUGCUUCGCUCAGCAACGACUGGAGCAAGGUUUCUGGUGACCCUGCCAAGCUAAUGCUGGGCAACGUCUCGGUCUUCUUCGACCUGAUCUUUAUCGUGCAGCACUUCUGCCUUUACAGGGAUGCACGAACCGGCGCGGCCGCCUGCGAUGCGCUGGGCUCCAGCUCCAGCUCCGAGGGGCCCUCCGAGGGCUUCUGA